AUGGCCGCCGCCACAGAAAACCUGCCGGCCAGCCUGGUCUUCCUCACCGACGCCGCACACCUGCUCGCGUCCUCCAGCCCACAGAUUUCCGCCCAUCUCAUGAGCCAGCGCAACAGCCUCAUGACCAGCACCGGCCUCGUCGUCUCGGAUGCCCAGCGCCAGCACGCUUGCACCGCCUGCGGCCACAUCAUGGUGCCCGGCCGCGCCGACGUCCUCAGGCUCGAUGCCCACAAGGCUGCUCUCCGCAAGCGUACAAAGCCGCGCCUGGGGCCUGCCUCCAGGAAGCCGGCCCAGUCCAGCUCUUCCUCGUCCCAUGGUGCUGGUGGUCGGAAACGGCUGGACUGUGCCAUGUGCACGAGCUACACAGACAUCGCAGUCCCUCCAGCCCCCAAGAUCAGCAGGCGCCGGCCUGCCACGGCUUCUCAUGCCAGCAGGGCUGCCGCCUCUGCUGCGAGCGCUUUAGCGCCUAACGCCACGACCACAUCUGCUGCUACUGCCCGCGCGCCAUCCCCUGUCAUGGCAUCGGAACCUGCAAAGUCGUCGGUCAACGCCAGCAGCAAGAAGCGCGCCAAGAGCCGGAAGCAGGGCCUCCAGGCUCUUCUGCAGCAGUCUCGCUCGUCGACACCCCAGUCCGGCCUGGGGUUGAGCUUAGCUGACUUCAUGAAAAAGUGA